AUGCAGCCGCCGCCGCAGGCUGUCCCGCCCAGCGUGGUGGGGCCGCCUCCCGCCGGGAGCCCUCCCAGCAUGUUCUGGUCCGGCAGUUCGUACAGGAGACAGGCGGCCGCGAGUGCACCGGGGGCUGCGGUAACUUGCCCGCUGCAGCCGGUAACGGAUCCGUUUGCUUUCAGUAGACAGGCGCUGCAGAACCCCUCGCUGGGCAGUUCGUCCAAGAGCAGCCCUCCCGUCUUGCUGGGCGCGGCCCCGCCAGCGUUUCUUCAGCACCCGGGGCUGCCUGUGCCGCACACCAAUGCCGGGGACAGCUCCCAGGGACUCCGCGAGCCGCUGCCGAGACCCCUGUCGCAGCCCCGGCCGGCGGCAAGUCCGUUUUCCAGUGUGGCAACCCCUUCCAGCUCUGACCAUGAGAUCCAGGCUCAGGGCCUGCCAGGAGGGGGCUCCAGUGGUGUUCAUGGCGGCCUGCCCCCUGGGAGCCUGCCUGGGCCAGACCGGCCCUCGAGUGGCCAGCAUCCUCAUGACGGCGCUGUGGCGCCCCCUUUCUUCCCGCAGCCUCUGCCGCAGAUGCCCGGGCCGUGGGGGCCGGCCCAGGGCGGCCCGCAGCCCUCAGGUCACUACUGGCCCCGCCCAGAAGGCCCUGUUGCCAUUGCAGCACCGCAGGCCUGCAGCAUCUCCCGUGUCCCCGCUCUGUCCGGCCCGCCUCAAGGGCCUGCCCACGAGCAGCACCGCCCUCCCGCCCCAGGACCUUCGGCCGACGGGAGAGACGGGGCGGCCUCUCUGCAGAGUGGAAACCACUCGGCGAGUCCCUUUGAUCCUGAAGGCGCAUCCAGACAGAGUUUCAGAGCGGGGAGUGCUGGCGCAGGCCAGGAGGUCAGGCCGGGGCCUGGAGCCGGUCACGAGCAGGGGCCACACCCUGCUCUCGUGAGCCCCUCCGCUCAGGGCAGCAGCCCGGAAAGCCAUUUGCACGGCCCUCGGGGGGCCAGGGCCAGCCGCGCCCUGCCAGAAGCAGACUCGGGCACGCUCUCCAUGUUUUUCCGAGGCGGGGAGAUGGAGAAUGAGGAGACCCUUUCCUCUGAAAACACAGUCCCCACGGCUCAGUCUUACUUUGACGGUUUCUCCCCAAGCCCUGGCCUGGGCCCUUCGGCCUCCGGGGGCGCAGGGGGUGUCUACCAAGCCUUCCGCAGAGCCUCCCGCAGCGAGACCGCCCAGCCAGGAGACACGCAGCCUUACUGCCCUCAGUCUGCAGGCCCGCAGCUCGGCCAGCCCGCCGCGAAGGGUGCCGGUGCUGACGUGUGGGGUGACACGGCGGGCGCAGGGACUCCUGGCGCUGGCGGCUCGCACUGUGAGAAUGUGGAGAACUUGGAGUUCGCUCAGAACCAGGAGGUGCUGCCCAGUGAGCCCCCGAAUGUGGAUGCCUCCUCCCCGGGCGAGCAGCCCAGGUACACACCUCUUCCUGGGCCCCCGGGCCCCAGGCUCAGUGCCACAGGCCACGUAGGAGGUGGGGGCUCAAACCUCGAGGCCCUGGACACGCCGCUGCACCCUGUGCGGUCCGAUAGCGUGUCGUCCAGUUACAGCAGCAAGAGCCACAGGAGCGCUUCCGGCGCAGCCAGGCCCCAGGACCUGGGCACCUUCAUCCAGCAGGAGGUCGGCAAACCCGAGGAGGAGGCCCCAGGGAGCUUUUUUAAGCAGAUCGACUCUUCUCCUGUGGGAGGCGAGACGGAUGUGCCCGGCAUGAGCCAGAAUUACCACCACAGCCUGUUCCAGCCCUUGACUCCCAGCCCUCCCAAACCCACAGGGCUCUUUCAGACAAGUGCACACAGCUCCUUUGAACCGGUGAAGUCCCACUUAGUUGGAAUAAAACCAAUCGAGGCAGAUCGUGCCAAUGUGGUGGGUGAAGUGAGGGGGCCCCAUGCCCACCAGAAGCACACAGCAGCCGCUGCCCCGCCCGGCGUCGGCCCUGGCAACCUGGAGCAGCCACCAGACAACAUGGAGACCCUCCUGCCGCCUCAGGUCUGUCCUCUGCCUCUUCCCUCGCCCGCAGAAGCCAGCCACUGGCUCCCGCACCCCGGGGGCCCGCCCGUGGAGACGGUUCUCGCGACACCCGAGAAGAGGCCCUCGACCCGGGCCCAGGGAGCCAUGAAGUGCGAGAGCCCUGCCACGACUCUGUGGGCGCAGAACGAGCUGCCGGACUUUGGGGGCAACGUCCUGCUGGCCCCUGCCGCUCCUGCGCUUCACGUGCCCGGGAAACCUCAGCCAUCCGACGUGGUUCAACCUCCAGACAAGGGUGUGUCCGGCCAGCGGGCCCGGCCGCCGGGCUGCCUCCCCCCUUUGCAAGGCGGUGAGGGCAUUGGUGCUUCUGAGAACCUCGAGAACCCUCCCAAGAUGGGAGAAGAGGAGGCCCUUCUGUCACAGGCAAGUUCUGGUUAUGCCAGUCUGUUGUCCUCACCGCCCACUGAGUCUUUGCACAGCCAACCUGUCUUGGUCGCUCAGCCUGAUCAGAGCGCUCAUCUGGCUCAGCCCAUUCCUUUUCCCGGGUCCUUGCCCCAUCCCACGGAGAGGACUCCGUCCUGGAGAGAUGCUCGGGCUGGGGACAGACCUGCCGUGAGCAGCCGGGCCGUGGGGGCUGACUCUGGAGAAGCCGCUCCUCUGCCCGGGGUUCCAGCCAGCUCUCUCACCUGCUCGCCUCUGUCUAACAGCCUUGCCCAAAGUCACUCCCCACACGUUUCUGCUCUUUCUGAAAUGGUUUCCGCUCCGCCUGCUAAUGUGCUGGUUCAACCUCCGUCUCCUCCGGCUCCAAAGAACUUGCUUCCAGGUCAGAGGAGUCACAGUGCCGAGGGCGCUCUGCCGGAGCUGGCCCACAGCCCUGCUGGGAGCACGGGCGUCCUGCUGGUGGCGCCCUCCAGCGACGCCUUGGGGCCUCACAGUAAUAAGGCAAAUCACCCCGGUAAUUGGGAAGAGACUUCGGGGGCCCUAGACUUCACCUUAACUAGGACCGUGGACAGUCCUCUGAGAAUGGGUAGCCUGUCCCAUUCUGAUGGCCCAGCUGCUUCUCAGCAACCCGCCCCCAGUCACCCUAGUCAGCCUGGGCCUGGGGUACGUAACCCAGACCAUUUCUACCAACAGGUGGCAAAAGGUGCUCCUCACCAGCGUGGCCCCGAGAGAGCCCAGCAGGAGCCAGCUCCUCCCCCGCCAGGGCCCACAGCGGCGCCUUUAGAACCCUCAGACCCAGAAAGCCCAGCACCGGGACAGCCCCAGAACGCAGCCCAGCCCCCUGCCGGUGCGGCUGCCGCUGACCUGGGUCAGCCGCCGCCUCGGCCCCCUCCGUCCUCCAGCGCAUCGGCCAUGUCCAGCAGCUCGAGCCAGGCAGCCGUGCCGCCGGGCCCGCAGUGGAUGCAGCCGCAGCCCCUGGACUUGGCGUCCUACUACUAUUACAGACCCCCGUACGACGGCUACCCGGCCCAGUACCCCUCUCUGUACCCGCCGGACCCGGGCACAGCCCCGCUCUACCAGGACGCCUACGGCCUGUACGAUCCGAGGUACAGGCCCUACGAUGGCCCCGCGCCUGCCUAUGCCGAGAACUACCGCUACCCCGAGCCGGAGCGGCCCAGCUCCCGGGCGAGCCACUGCUCAGAUCGGCCGUCUGCCAGGCAGGGGCCUCCUGAGGGCUACUACGGCUCCAAGCGUGGAUGGAGCAGCCAGAGCGACUACGCCGGCUACUACAGCGGCCAGUACGACUAUGGAGAUCCGGGCCGCUGGGAUCGGUACUCCUAUGGGUCUGGGUUCAGGGAUCCCCGCUCCUACGACCGCAGGUAUUGGUAUGACGCGGAGUACGAGCCAUACAGGAAAGACAGCUACGCCUACGCUGACAGGCCCGAGAGGUAUGAGGACCCCUGGAGGUACGACCCUCGCUUCACAGGGAGUUUUGACGACGACCCUGAGCCCCACAGGGACCCCUACGGGGACGACGUGGACCGGCACAGCGUGCACAGCGAGCACUCGGGGCAGAGCCUGCGCAGCGCGCCCAGCGUGCACAGCCGCCACAGCAGCUUCAGCGCCCACUCGCAGCAGAGUCAGGUUUACAGAAGCUGCAACGUGACCAUGGGGCCCUACGAGGCGCCCCCGCCGCCAGGCUCCUUCCACGGGGACUAUGCCUACGACGCCUACAUGAGCAAUUUCGGCGGUGCCCAGGGCUUCCCGGAGUACGGCUACCCUGCUGACGCCAGCUGGCCUGCCGUGGAGCAAGCUCCGUCGAGACCCACUUCCCCGGAGAAGUUCUCCGUGCCGCACGUCUGUGCCAGGUUUGGGCCUGGGGGCCAGCUCAUCCGAGUGAUCCCCAACCUGCCCUCGGAAGGACAGCCCGCCUUGGUGGAGGUGCACAGCAUGGAGACGCUGCUGCAGCACCUGCCGGAGCAGGAGGAGAUGCGCACCUUCCCCGGGCCGCUGGGCAAGGAUGACACCCACAAAGUGGACGUCAUCAACUUUGCGCAGAGCAAAGCCACCAGGUGUCUGCAGAACGAGAGCCUGAUCGACAAAGAGUCUGCCAGCCUGCUGUGGAACUUCAUCAUCCUGUUGUGCAGGCAGAACGGGACCGUGGUGGGCACGGACAUUGCCGAGCUGUUGCUACAAGACCACAGGACGGUGUGGCUUCCUGGGAAGUCGCCCAACGAGGCCAACCUGAUCGACUUCACCAACGAGGCCUUGGAUCAGGCCGAGGAGGAGGAGUCGGUGGAGGCCCAGCUCUCCUUCCUCACGGACAGCCAGGCCGCCCCCAGCGCGCUGGAGAAGGAGACGGAGCGGUUCCGGGAGCUGCUGCUCUAUGGCCGCAAGAAGGACGCCUUGGAGUCCGCGAUGAAGAACGGCCUGUGGGGCCAUGCUCUGCUCCUCGCCAGCAAGAUGGACAGCCGGACACACGCCAGAGUCAUGACCAGAUUCGCCAACAGUCUCCCGAUCAACGACCCUCUGCAGACGGUCUACCAGCUCAUGUCCGGGCGGAUGCCUGCCGCGUCCACGUGCUGCGGCGACGAGAAGUGGGGAGACUGGCGGCCGCACCUCGCCAUGGUCCUGUCCAACCUGAACAACAACAUGGACGUGGAGUCCCGGACGAUGGCCACGAUGGGCGAUACGCUAGCCUCGAGAGGCCUCCUGGACGCUGCGCACUUCUGCUACCUCAUGGCCGAAGUGGGGUUCGGGGUUUACACAAAGAAAGCCACGAAACUCGUCUUAAUCGGAGCGAACCACAGUUUGCCAUUCUCAAAGUUUGCCACCAACGAAGCCAUCCAGAGGACAGAGGCCUAUGAGUACGCGCAGUCGCUGGGCACGCAGUCCAGCCCCAUGCCCAACUUCCAGGUGUUCAAGUUCAUCUACUCCUGCCGCCUGGCCGACAUGGGGCUGGCCACACAGGCCUUCCACUACUGCGAGGUCAUCGCCAAGGGCAUCCUGCUGCAGCCGCACUCGCACUCGCCCGUGCUCAUCAGCCAGCUGGUCCAGAUGGCUUCCCAGCUGCGCCUCUUCGACCCGCAGCUGAGGGAGAGGCCGGAGGAGGAGUCCUCCGUGGAGCCCGCCUGGCUGGUGCAGCUGCAGCGUGUGGAGAGGCAGGUCAAGGAGGGCGCUGUGGUGUGGCGUCAGGACCCAGCCUUCCCCCAGCGCUGUGCCAGCAGCCCCAGCUCCGAGGUGGGACAGUAUGACGGGCCAGGACCCGAGCAACCCUCGCACCCGGGCUCUGAGAACCCGCUGCUGAUGCCACCUGCACCCAGCGGCGAGCACUCGGGCCAGGGCGUGUGGCUGCUGCCGUCAGCUCCGCCGACGCUGCCCGAGGGCCCACCCGCCCUGCCUGCCGCGGUGCCCAUGUUCCCCGUGCCGCCCCCGGGCCCCGGGGAGCCAGCGCCUGGCUUUGCAGCCCCAGGCUUUGCAGAGCCCUCAGGGCCGGACCCCGCGGCCCGGUACCCAGGGCCUGGCCUGCCGCCCAGCGCAUCGUCCCUGCCGGAGGGCGCACACCUGCUCCGGGCCCAGGACCCAGGAGCGCUGGCCCAGGACCCCCGAGGGAGAGGCUCGCUGGCAGAGUGGAGAGAAGAGGAUCUGGGCGGCAAAUCCGACAACGUGGGCUCCCCAAGGAUGCCACCAGACUCCGGGGCGCCCCCAGCCUGGGGGGCUGCCAGCCUGGGGGCGCUGCAGCCUCCGUCUCCGACGCCCGCUCCCGAAGGGAAGAGCACGGGGACAGCAGCCAAGAAGGAGCCCAAGGAGCCUAAGAAGAAUGCCGAGUCCUGGUUCUCGCGCUGGCUGACCGGGAAGAAGAGGACCGAGGCGUACUUGCCGGACGACAAGAACAAGUCGAUCGUGUGGGACGAGAAGAAGAACCGCUGGGUGGACACCAACGAGCCAGAGGAGGAGAGGAAGGCCCCGCCCCCGCCCCCCGUGGCGCUCCCCAAGGCUCCGCACGCUGCCGCCCCCGGGCCUGGCGCCCCCCGAGCCUCGGUGAACAUGUUUUCCAGAAAAGCAGCGGGAAGCCGAGCGCGCUACGUGGACGUCCUAAACCCGGGCGGGGCCCAGCGCACGGACCCGGCUCUUGCUCCCGCGGACCUUUUUGCCCCACUUGCCCCACUCCCGAUCCCGGCACAGCUGUUCACACCAAACCCAGAUGCAGAGGGCGUCCUGCCCGCAGAAGGGUCUGGCAGGGAAGGGCAGGCGCUAGCUGGGGGUUCAGCCCUUCCAGAACCUUCCUCGGAACCCCAGGUUGUGAGCUCGGCAGCCUCGCUCCCUGCUUCUGAACUGGCCCCCUGCCCACUGGAUGGUCCCCAGGGGGGAGAGCUUUCGCGCUGUAGCUCCCUGAGCUCCCUGUCCCGUGAAGUGAGCCAGCACUUCCAGCAGACUCCCAGCGACCACCCCCCGGCAGAGGCGCCCCCCACCGCACCCGUGCCCUUCUACAACCCGGCGCAGUUCGCACAGGCCUCAGCCACCUCGGGAAGCGCCAGGCCAGGGAGGAUUGGCCAGAGGAAGUACCCAGUGCUGAGGUAG